CCGACACGCACCCGCCUUCGCCCCCGUCUCACCGGAGCCGUCGGGGCCUCGGGAACGGCCUGCGGAGCGCGGCGGGGAGCGGGCCCCCUCCCCCUUCGCCUGUCCCCUCCCGCCGCGGAGGAUGAGGAGCUCCCACCGCCGAUUCAUAGAAAUAUGCAUUUCCAUAAUAUCACCUUUGAACUAAUGAAGUGGAAAUACAGAUGAAAACGGUCUGGAGGAAGCUUGAAGUACAAUACUGUUUUGUUAAGUUUCCUAAUUCUGAGGAAACGAAGUUGGAAAAGUUACAAAAGCAUUCUCGUGGUCAAGCACCAAAUCUUGUAUUAGACUUCACUGAACAGACUAAACGCUUGUCAAGGAGAAGGGCUGGUUGCCUUGCACGGGAAGGAUUAAAAGUGAACAAUGACUCGAUUGCGAGUUUAUGAGCGAUUGCUUGGAGCCUACCUGCUUGUCAUUCUCCAUGUUCAAGGGAAAAAUCCAGACAGCAUGCUUCAUGGCACAGGAAUGAAGACAAAUCCUGACCAAAAGAAACAAACAAAUGGAGUAACAUUGGCUCCAGAGGACACCUUACCUUUUCUUAAGUGCUACUGCUCAGGACAUUGUCCAGAUGAUGCUAUUAAUAACACAUGCAUAACUAAUGGACAUUGCUUUGCUAUCAUUGAGGAAGAUGAACAUGGAGAACCCACGCUUGCGUCUGGCUGCAUGAAGUAUGAAGGUUCAGACUUCCAGUGCAAGGACUCACCUAAAGCGCAGUUACGUCGAACAAUUGAGUGCUGUCGGACUGAUUUCUGCAAUCAGGAUUUACAACCAACGUUACCACCACUUGAUAGUACAGAUGGACUUUUUGAUGGCAGCAUUCGUUGGAUGGCAGUCUUGAUUUCCAUGGCAGUCUGCAUAAUUGUCAUGAUCAUCUUAUUUAGCUGCUUUUGUUACAAGCAUUACUGUAAGUCAAUGGCAAAGAGGCACUGUUAUAAUCGUGACCUGGAGCAAGAUGAAGCAUUUAUUCCAGCUGGGGAGUCAUUGAAAGACCUUAUUGACCAGUCACAGAGUUCUGGGAGUGGAUCAGGACUACCGUUGUUGGUUCAGCGCACUAUUGCCAAACAAAUUCAGAUGGUGAGGCAAGUUGGAAAAGGACGAUAUGGUGAAGUGUGGAUGGGCAAAUGGAGGGGUGAAAAAGUUGCAGUUAAAGUGUUUUUCACCACAGAAGAAGCCAGUUGGUUCAGAGAAACAGAGAUUUACCAAACUGUGUUAAUGCGCCAUGAAAACAUCCUUGGUUUCAUAGCUGCAGAUAUUAAAGGCACUGGCUCCUGGACGCAGCUUUACUUAAUUACAGAUUAUCAUGAAAAUGGUUCUCUGUAUGAUUUUCUGAAAUGCACAACACUAGACAACAGGGCUCUUCUCAAACUGGCAUAUUCUGCUGCUUGUGGUCUGUGCCAUCUACACACAGAGAUUUAUGGUACACAAGGGAAGCCUGCUAUUGCACACAGGGACCUGAAGAGUAAAAACAUCUUGAUAAAGAAAAACGGAACCUGCUGCAUCGCUGACUUGGGUCUCGCAGUCAAGUUUAACAGUGACACAAACGAAGUUGAUGUUCCCUUGAAUACAAGAGUGGGAACAAAACGUUACAUGGCUCCAGAGGUCCUAGAUGAAAGCCUGAAUAAAAAUCAUUUCCAACCAUACAUCAUGGCUGAUAUCUACAGUUUUGGGCUGAUCAUUUGGGAAAUGGCUCGGCGCUGUGUCACAGGAGGUAUUGUUGAAGAGUAUCAGUUGCCAUAUUAUGACAUGGUGCCAAGUGAUCCAUCCUAUGAGGACAUGAGAGAAGUGGUGUGUGUCAAACGCCUUCGCCCAGUUGUAUCAAACAGGUGGAAUAGUGAUGAAUGUUUAAGAGCAAUAUUGAAGUUGAUGUCUGAAUGCUGGGCUCACAAUCCUGCUUCAAGGCUCACUGCCUUGAGGAUCAAGAAGACUCUUGCCAAGAUGGUGGAAUCACAAGAUGUAAAGAUUUGACAUAGUAAUAUGAAAUCGGAGAGCAAAGCUGGACUCCUAGAUCUUUUCACUCAAACAUGGGUGAGACCUAUGUGGAAAGAGGAAAUAACUGAGAUUCAGUGUAUUUUCUCAGCACAUUUCUACAGGCUGCUAAUCAAAUCUUUCAGUACUUCAUAGACUGUGAUACUGAGAGCUUAUACACACUACAUGCUACGAAUAUGGACAGCCUUGAUAAAGUACACAUUUUGGUUUUGUUUGAGCUGCAUUGAGACUUCAGUCAUAUUUAGUGAGUCUCCAGUAAAACUCUGGGUACUGAAUUAAAUGUUCAGAUUACAGUGCUUUCUGUGAAAGCCUAACAAGCUAUAUGGAUUCAACAGAGAUGGAGAAUAUAAGCUUUUUUUGCCUUCUACCUGGUAAAACCUAGUCAGUCCAUACCAAGUUUUUGUGAAACAGCCUGUAAGUUAUGAAUCUGUUUGUGAUACUACUCAGUUUAACAGUUCCUUAUGCCUUUAUGCGUGUGCCAGGAUUAUUUUGCUGUCAUUUGGAAUAGGUAAGAAACCAUUGAAAUGAACAAAGUUUUUUAGUCAGAGCUCCAUGCAUUUUGUGGCUCCACAAUUCAGAUUUGCUACAGAAUUUACUCCUUGUCAUUAAGCUAUCUUCCAAAAUCUCAGUUUUGAUUUUAUCUCUAUUCUUGUAUUGGUCACGAGGAGAACUGAAAAAUGUGAACAAUUAAUAAGUUAAGAGAUGCGAACUUAAGUCUAUAGAGAGCUUGAAACAAUCUCUCUUAGAGGUCUCAAGACUGCCUGGAUCAUCACACUUAUAGUCUAGUGGGCUCCAUAAUUGAAUGACUCUGAAAUUUGGCAUAAUUUUCACAAUGCCACACGCAACCAGCAUUUUUGCUGUCAAAUACAUCUUAAAAGACCAUUGAUGGUGUGUUUUGCCUUUGGGACUCACUGGUAGGUGCCUGUCAUGAUCUGAACUUCUUUCCAUGCGGGAGGGAAUUGGUCAGCUGUAGGAGCAUGCUGUGUCAUCAUUUGACAAAACUAAGUAAAAGAUAAGUUUUGGAAGGCUUGAGAACAGGUCUAAUUUUCAGACACAAAAGAGGGAAGGCAGGAGGCGCUGGCUGGGCACUCUGAAGAUCAGAGAAUGCAGUAAUGGUCAAGACCAGGAGAGCUGAAUAUGUCAGCAGUUGAAGAUAAGAUCCACAACGUACAUAAGAUUUUGAGCUGGAUUGCUUUGAUGUAAAUGCUGCAGGCCACAUCUGUGGGCCACUUAGUGGACAGUUACAAAAUUCAAGAUUUGAGGAAAGGUAAAUCAGCGGGUGUUUUAUAAGUUCUAGUUAGGCAUAUUUGGGAGGAAUGGCAUUGAAAGAUUAAUUCAUUAAGAUAAAGUAAUUUAACAUAAUUGCAAAAUUUGUUCCUACUGUGCCAACUAUUAGGCAUGCUCAGGAAACUGUAGUUCACUCCUUUGCUUCACUGAUCUGGACAAGUUGUUGAAAAACCAGAACCCCUCCAUGAGGUUCCUGUAAGGCAGAAUUAUUGAUCUUUAAUCCCUUUGGCACUUGCUUUGAAGUUAGAGAAUGGAACCGUAACUCAAGUUGAAACUUCAAAUGCAUGAAUCAUCUGAAGAAUGAACACACAGUAUUGGAACCAUUGAACCUGUUUGAUAAUUUAAGUGCCUAUAACUUUGUACUGUAAAUCUUGUUCUAGGUAAUUUUAAAAAGGGAAGUUAUUUAUAUGGUGUGUUUUGUGCUUUAGUAAAAAAAAACAAAAACAGACACCUAGGUACGUAUAUACAAUAAGAUACAUGCGCACACACACACAUACGCCAUAGUUGAGAUUUGAAGAAAAAAAGUUAGGAAUAGUGUUAAAAUUGAUGGCAAAAAUGUUAAAACUUCAAAAUGAUUUAUGCCAGAUUAUUGGUUGUCUUUAAGAUAUGUAUGUGGAGAUUGUUUUGAUAUGUGUUUAAAUUUCCCUUGAAAAUACAACUGAAAACGAUGUAAUGAAGAACUGAUGUGGUUUGUGAACAAUUACAACUUUCUAACAUGUGUUUUUUUGUUGUUUUAAUUCUGUAGUUCACGUAAUGUAAAUGGUCAAGCAAAAGAUUGCAGUAUUUUUAUUUUCUAUUCUGAUGUACAGACUUUAUUUAACAGUUCUACAUAUUUUAUAGAAAACUAGCUAUUUCAAGGGACAUUUCUUUAAGAAAAAAAUUAAGUCAUUACUUUUGUUCAGUAAUGCCUUUAAUAAUAUGUAUUCUGGCUAAAAAGUUCAUAGGUGUGUCAACUAUGAUUUUAACUUAUUUGAAAAUAGCAAGAGCUAUAUGAUAGUGUGCCACAAUUCUCAUGAUAAAGGGCUUUUUAAAAUAGUUUUUCUCCGUCCAUUGCCAAGAAAAACAAGGAGUUUGAAAUUGUUAAUCAUGUCUUCACGCAUAAUUUUUGCACAGAUAGUUGGAAAAUAUUUGUUAUGAGCCAAAAAAGGUAAGGGAUAAGCUUUUUUUUUUCCCCUCCUUCUCUAGGAUUUUUUGUCAAGAAGAAGGAAAAAUGCUUAUGUAGGUACCGUGCUAUCUUAAACUUAAAGAGCAUGGAGGUCUAUUUAAAUUAACCCAUUCCUAUUUAAAAUAUUUUAAGGUUUAAUUUAGAAGUUGCAACAGCAUGCUUAACUGUAAACUUAUUUUGUGGGUUUUUUUUAAUAAUUAAUUUUUCCCAAGUCUUCAGGAAGUCAUUGCUGGAAGUUUGAAUUUCAGUAGUUUUUAAUUAUUCACUGAUUUUCUCUUCCAUGGUUUAGGCAUUUGUGAGGCAACAGGAUGGUGAUGCUUGGUAGACAUCUAAAGAUCUGAAUUGAUUUUCACCUUAAGCUUCACUGUAAUUUUUCAGCACUUCAGUUACUAGGUUCGUAUUCAAACCUAUGAACAGGAGCUGCUAGGUCUUUAGCAUUCCUUGAUUCCCUGAUAUUCCACAAAUGUUUCUGCCAAGGGACCUGGUUGCAUAAAUCGAUUGGGCACGUAUCUACAUUCCAUGCAAAGUCAUUUACUGUUUGGAGCCUAAGUAUGUCUGUUCUGAUUUUUAGCAAUCAUUUACAAAAAAAAUCCAACCCAAAACAGAACACAAACUUCACUCAAAGCUAACCCAUUAAUUUUUACAUAGUUAAGCGUACUUAGUGCAGAUUCUAAAGCUAAACUGUUGCUUUAUGCAAAAAUGUAGAGUUCAGAAGCCUUUAAGGUCAGGGAGAGUAAUAGGAUUCUUCUGUUGGAGUGUGAUUAAUCUCAUUCUCUUGGUCAAAAUUUUAAGCUUUAGUCGUUUAAAAAAAAAAAAAUCCCCCCAAAGUGGCAAAUGUUUUUUCAUUAUAUUUUUUAAAAACAUAAAAAUCAGAAGUGUGGAAAAUGUCCUGGGGAGUAUGAAGACCGUGCCUUGAAGUUCUUAAACACUCACAUACGGAGGGGUUUUUUGUAUUUGUUUAACCUGCUCCAUAUGAUUUCAGUUAGGUAGAAAAUAAUUUGAGUCACUUAUAUAAUUUUUACUGUUGCAGCAACUGAAAGGAAAAGUUUUGUGUUUCUGGUUAUCUUGUAAAUUCCACAGGAAACAUUAUAUUCCUACAGAAAAAUGUAGGCUUACAUUUUGAGUUUAUUCAGAGUUUUACUCAAUGUGUAAUUUUUCCUGUGUUUUUCCCUAGAAAAUGACAGUUCUCCCAAUGUCCAUCCCUUUUCUCCAAUUAUUUUCCUAAUUAGACUAUUUUAAAAUUUUGAAUAAAAUGUAAAAUAAAUAUUUUAAGUUACCUCCAUAGCAGUCUAGAAUCAAAUUUCAGGUCUUGAUCUAAAUGACCAUUUGAAUGUUUAUAAAGCAAAUCAUCUGGAUACAUUUAAUCUACUCCAUCUUCACAGACAGAAUGGUCUAAAAUGUUUGAAAAGUAACAAUAAUAAUUUAAAAAGCAUUCUUUGGCUAUUGCAGGUAUUUUUAAAGGGAAGUUAUGUGCUCAUCUUCUGACAAAUAGUAGAAUGAUUUAGCUCUUGCUCGUUCUUCUGACAGUGCCUCUGAGGUCAAAAGUCUUGAUCCCAUGCCCACAAAUCUUAUUCCAGGUAAGGGUGGUGUCUGACAAUGGCUGGCAGUGUUGCAUGAUCCAGUGCCAUAUGGAUCCAUGGUUGGUAUGGCAGAAGUGGAGUACACGUUACUUCUAAUGUUUUAAGAAAUCUCAUGUAAUUAUUACUUUGUACCAUUUGACCUUUGAAUGCAAUGAUAGAAGCCCACAUCAUGUAUUGACAUUUGUGUUCUGCCAUGCCCGAAAUGAAAUGUACUAUAUUGUAUACAAGAAGAAUAAAUAACAUUGUAGUUAACCUAGAGAAGAUGUAAAUAAAAUAUGAAAGAAGAGUGGAACAAGACAAAUGAUCACACUCUUGCGUGUGUUAUAUGCCCAAAGUGUAGAAUACUCCUUUAAAAAUGUAACACACUAAUGUAUUUUGUACAGCAUCUGCUUUAGAAGGUGCCUUAUUGAGUUUACCGUGAAUUGCUUGUUCUGUACACAGAUUAUGUCCAAUGUAUCAUUUUUAAGUAAAUAACCUUAUUUUAGUA